AUGCCGACUAUUUCACUGAUGGAUGAGGAUUUUUCGCAUAGUGAGUUGUGUUUUUGUCGUUGAAUUUUUCUUUUAUGAAUUUGCUUCCAAACUCAAGAGAAUGCCGACUUUUCCCAUUCUCAGUCUACUAUUUCAGUCCCGAUCAUCAACUGGUUCGACUCAGACGACCUUCUCGACGAAACAAAAGUGACCUACGGCGAGCACUUCACCUUGGACGGAGCCGAAACGGAAGUCUUCAGCAUUGAGCCGUAUCUCCGAAUCCGCCACCGCUGUUCGGUUAGUCCAUACUCAUCCUCCCUUAAUCUGCUCUCCAAGAGCACUUAAGCUUUAUUGAUGCGGUCCCUCAAAUGAUGAGAAGUGUGUAGUGCAAAGCAGAGCUUAUUGGAUGGCAGUGGAGGGCAGAUGGGGUCCCUUCCGAAUAGAGUAAUUGCAGGGCACCGAGCGCGAGGAUUUUCUGGACUUGUCGCAAUUUGCCCCGGAUCCCACGGGAAUCAUUCACGUCGGUAGAAUUGUGCUCUCGAUGCAAGGAUACACGGUCAUGCCAUUUCACCCCUAA